ACUGAUAUGACUUGAUAAAAAAUAUACGAACGUGCGUACAUAUUUUAACCUUUUUGUGAUAGCUCGUGCGUGCUUGCAUGCGAAAGAAAUUCUGCUUGAUUUACUCCUAAGCGACGGCGAACAUUUGCAAAGGCGAUUGCAAAAGGAUAACAAAAAAUAUACACGUGUAUGUUUGCUAUUCGUCCCCUUCAGCAGUUACAGUAGAGAGUACCCAUUCUGACGAGGCCACAUCAACAGCCGACUUUCAGAGUUGAACAAACUUCCGUCCCCCUUCGUUACGUUACGCUACGUUCCGUUUUUUUUUUUUUUUUUUUUAACCAGUUCAUUCGUCAAAAUGGUUAGGGUCGCAGAUAAUUCGUUGAAAACAAAUAUCCACCAGUACCACAUUGUUGGCAGAGCCAUCCCAACCGAAAAAGAUAAGAAUCCAAAUGUGUACCGAAUGUGCAUUUUUGCCAAAAAUGACACAAAUGCAAAAUCACGAUUUUGGUAUUUUAUGAAAAAAAUAAACAAGCUGAAAAAGUCCAAUGGAGAAUUACUAGCGUGUGAGCUAAUAAGGGAAAGGUUUCCCCUUCGCGUAAAAAACUACGGGGUGUUACUACGUUACGAUAGCCGAACGGGUACCCAUAAUAUGUAUAAAGAGUUCAGGGACACCACAAAGGAAGGAGCCAUUGCACAAUUGUACUCCGAAAUGGCAGGAAGGCAUAGAGCAAGAGCAUCCUCCAUUAGUAUCAUCAGGAUAUCAGAGAUAAGCCCCCAGUUGGUGCGAAGGCCUCAUAUUAAACAGCUGCUUAAAAAGAGACUACGAUUCCCUGCUUUGCAUUUGCCCACCUUGAAAAAGGAAUACAGAAGGAAAUAUGCAGCUAAAAGACCCUCGACGUACAGAAUGUAA